UGGGGGUGGCCGAGAGGCUUCCGAGAGGGCCGGAAGUACGGUGCUCGGAAGGGGCCGACUCAGGCUGGCCCCGCGUUGUCCCCGUCGGCGUCGGGCUUGUAGGAGUGGGACGGGAUCCGGAGGUGCCGGAGACCUGAGUUCAAGUCGACGCAACUGUCGUGACUGCCGGCAAGUCCUUUUUCUGUGCUUUCCUUGGCUCAGCUGCCAAGUGAGUCGUGGACGAGCCACUCUCAGCGUCCAGCCUGGAGAAACGGGGUCGUUCAGGCAGCACCGUGGGCGACGAGGGCCGGAGAUCCUGGGUUCCGAGCCUGCUGUCCAAGAAACUCAGAAGGAGGAGCUGAUAGUCUCUGCGUCCCUCACCUCCCUGGGACAGGACCCAGCAUGUCUCAGGCCACCAAGAGGAAGCAUGUGGUGAAGGAGGUGCUGGGGGAGCACAUGGUGCCCUCUGACCAGCAGCAGAUCGUGAGGGUACUCAGGACCCCAGGGAACAAUCUGCAUGAAGUGGAGACAGCCCAGGGGCAGCGCUUCCUGGUGAGCAUGCCUUCCAAAUACCGCAAGAACAUCUGGAUUAAGAGAGGGGACUUUCUCAUUGUUGACCCCAUUGCAGAGGGAGAAAAGGUGAAGGCUGAGAUCUCCUUUGUGCUCUGCAAGGACCAUGUGCGCUCUCUGCAGAAGGAGGGGCUCUGGCCUGAGGCCUUCUCCGAAGCGGCUGAGAAACAGAACAACAGGAACAGACAGACUCAGCCAGAACUCUCAGCGGAGCCACAGUCAUCAGGAGAAGACUCCAGCUCUGAAGACGAUUCUGACCUCUUUGUGAACACCAACCGCAGACAGUAUCACGAGAGUGAGGAGGAGAGCGAAGAGGAGGAGACAGCCUGAGACCCCAGAACCCACUUCUCCUCUCGCUCAGAGACUCCGUGGCUCCUCUGAGCUUGGACAUUCCCAGGGUGCUCUGCAGAUUUUCCCCACUGGAUGGGGACAAGGCAGAGCCCCUCUCUGAACUGACCUUCUGACCCAAGAGAAUUAAACCCCUGGUGGGUGGUGACUUGGCCAGUGUCCGAGUGGCUUUCUGGAGGGAAGAGGGACUUGUGAUGAAGUUAAAAACUGCUCCUUCGUGGAGGCCUCAUGGGCAGGUGGGCUGAAUGGCCAGGAAAUGGGGAAUAGCUGGAAUUUCCCUACACUCUCUCUCUCUCCCUGCCUCUCUCAUUGGGCACUUAGAAAGUGCCAGGCUCCGUGCUGUGGCUCCUCGCACGUGUUUAAUAACUGAGGACAGUACCACUUCAUCGCGUGCUUCCAGUUAAUGCUGAUUCAGGCAUCAGGAUCACAGCCAUAGGGCCUAGUGCCCACCUGCCUCUAUGAGACACUCAGGACAAGUUCCAUGGUGCCUGGUAAGCUGCUUUCCCUGCCUUUCUAGUCACCUGUGACUGCAGGAGUGCCUGCCUCCCUGCUACUGUGUACCUCCCCUGGUUGGUGGCCUGCUUAUGGCUACUCAGACCGUCACUCCUCAGCCGUCUUGCAAACCACAUGAUCCCACAUUGAAGCGUCUACCUCCGGCUGUAUGCUCUCCCUCUUCGUUGCUGGCGUUGACCUUCACUGCUCAGUCAUCAAAGUUCACCGUCUGGCUUAGGGUCUUCUACCCCUGCUCGUGUCAUUAUUUUCCACAUCCGUGGGUGGGUCUAUUCAAAGCUGUGACCCUGUGGCUCCUUGAUAGCCCAUCACUAAUGCCCUUGCCCUCUGUUCCAGGCCUGCUUCCUGCAUCGCUAGUCACUCCCUGGACCCCUGACCUUCCUAGAAAUUGCAGCACCUUCUGAAUUCAAAUAGCUGUGCAGUCAUUACCUUCUGGCCUUCUUGCUUACUCAGCUACUCCCUCUGCAAAAGUUCUUUAUCUUCAUGCUCCAAAUCAGCCCUGCCACGUUCUCACCAUUAUGCUCCUGUCUUCACUUCCCUCAUUGUGCAGCAUCGCUCCCACAGUCUACCCCCUCCACUCCCUUGUCUCCCUCCACUGUAUUCCUCUAGUAAAACCCUAACCCUGGCCGACCCACUCACUCACCUCUGUGCCUGCGCCCACGUAACUCCCAGAGAAAAGCCAACCUGGCCCCUCGUUUUACCUUAAAUUGAUAAUUACGAACCUCAGACGGACGCUCAGCACUGCCUAGCACGUCUGCUCUGGGCUGUUGUCUUUCAGAACUUCUGUCUUGUCUGUCAAUUCCCCCUUCCCCAGCUAGUUAGCAACCGCAGCUCGCACUUCAUUAAGAAAUAGUAGCCAUUGAAGGGAACUCUCGCCUCCCCGUUGCCAACCCUACAAGUGUGCUCAGAUCUUCCUUGUUACUCCCCACUGUAAUCCAGUGGGACUUCAACCUUUCCUUUUGUGCUUUGAAGCCUGUCUCUUCUCUCACUUAAGGACUUUUUGUGGGUUUGUUUUUUUGUCGUCCUUUCUGCUGCAUGUGUUAGCAUCGAAUGUGCUGUAGAGUCUGCCAUCUGAAAAGCAAUCAGAGAAACCUGUCUGAUCCCACUCUCUCCAGCUACCACUUCAUUUACCUGCUCCUCAUUCACUUUCUCUUACGUUUGUUUAAUAUAGCUUUAAAUAUACACACAUAUGUAUAUGUGUGUGUCUCUACACACGUAUGAAAAUGUGUGUGUAUAUGUGUAUAUAUACACACACUGAAGAUAAAUUUCAGACAAGUUAAAGAUAGAUACACACAUAUCUAUCUAUCUAUGGGAGAUAGCUUUUUUCCCUAAAGGGGUAGCCACUUGUCCCUAUACCAUUUAUUGAAUGGGCCAUUCUUUCCUCAGUGAUUUUAAAUACCUUUUUAAAAUAAACUGAACUCCUGCAUGUGUAUAGAUCUGUCUGGAAUUUCUAAUCUGUCCCGUUGAUCUAGUGUGCAUGUACCACAUGUUGUAGCACGAUUGACAUCUCAUAGCUCCCUCACCCCUGCCCCUCUGGUGCUUGAAAGUUUCCUAUUUUCUCUUACACAAGAACUUUAGAACAAAUUUGUCAAUUUUAUUAAAAAAUCCUGUUGAGAUUUUCUGUGGCGUGGUUUUAAAUCUCAUAGAUUUGGAGAGAAGUGGUAUUUAACAGUUUUGAAUCUUCCGACCCAGAAAUGAGGUAUGUACAUUCUUUUGUCAGGUGUUGUCUUCAUAUGUUUCUGUCAUGUUUCUAAUUCAAUUUAGUCUUGGGAAUUUUAGCGUUCUUUGUUAUGAGUGAGAUCUUUUGAAACUGCAUUUCUAACUCUCACUGGCACAUAGGACAGCUCUCAUCCUUGUGUGCUCCCCUGGUAAUCUGAUUGAAUUCUCGUUAAUUCUAAUAGUUCUUCACUUGGUUUUCUUGGCUUUCUGGCUGGAGAGUCAAAUCAUAUCCUAUUAGAGGCACUUCUGUCCUUUACACUCAUUUCUUCUUGUGAAUUACAGAGGCCAGGACCUCCAGGACAAGUUGAAAGGCACCCUUGUUUGUUCCUCUCUUAGUGGAAAAUGGUUCUCACGUUUCAUCACAAAAUGGGAUUCUUCCUUUAGGUUUCUGGUAGAUAAGCUUCAUCAGGCUGAAGAUGUUUUCUUCUGUUCCUAGCUUACUGAGGAUUUUUUUCUUUAUUCAACACUGAUGAGUUUCAACAUCUAUUGAGAUAAUCAAAAGAUUUUUCUUUAUUGUACUGAUUUAUGUUAGUAGGUUUCCAAAUGUUGAACUAUCCUUGCACUCUGAUAUAAACUUUGCUUAGUUUUAUGGUAUAUUACUUAUUUAGGAUUUUUAUAUGUAUCCCUGGGCCAAUUUCACUUUUUAUUUUAAUGAUCUUCCUGCCCCAUUUUGAUAACAGCAUUAUGCUAGCCUUAUAGAAUGGAUUAGGAGACAUUUACUCUUUUUCUUUGGGCUUGAAUAAUUUAUAGAAAAGAAAUUAUUGGUUUCUUCAAAGUUUGGUAGAAUUUAUAAAAACAUCUGUGUUCGAUGCCCUUUUUUAGGGGUAGAUCUUUGCCUGCCUUUUAAUUACUUCUGUGGUAUUUUGUCUACUCAGGUUUGCUGUCCUUGAAUCAAUUUUGGUAAUUUAUAUUUUUUUGGAUCGUAUGUUUCAUAUAUAUUUAAGGUUUUUUGGGCAAAAAGUCAUGCAUGAUAUUUGUAUUAUUGGGGACUUUCUUACUUAGGGACAAAAUCUAACUUGAACUAGCAGAAGCAAACAAGGUCUCACUGGCUGAGGUCUAAGAGUAGAGCUUUUGGCAGAGCUGGUGCAGGGCCAGCAUGGUUUCGUCACGGCUUUCUCCUCGUUUGUUUCUCGGGUAGUCUCUGCUCCUCUUGGUAGAUCAAUCCCUUUCUCCCUACAGGUGUUUUCUGCAGGAAGCUCCAGUUUAUACUCAUUCCUUACAAAGAGUUCCCUCUUCCGGGUCCUUGUAUUUCUGGGAAGAGUGGUCUUGCUCAGGUCACUCGCCCUCUCCACUGGCUGGGGCUCAGUAGGGGGGAUAGGGGAUUACGGGGAGGCAAGAUGAACCACACCUGCUCCAUAUGAUAUGCAUUUCCCAUAGAAUAGAAGAAGGGGGCACGGGGCGAGAGCAGAUGAAACCAACAAACAUUUCUCCUGUGUUCUAUGUAUUUUAUUUUCUUUGACUAACUUUGUGAGAUAUCUGUCUAUUGGCCUUUUCCUUCUAUUUCUUUGGGUUUAUUUGCUCAUUUCUAGCUUCUUGAAUUGUAUGCUUAAUUUCAGUCUUGUUUUCUAAUAUAUUUAGGGCUAUAAAUUUUCCUCUAAGUACUCCUUUGGCAGUUCCCCACUUUAUCCUGUGUGUAUGUGAUUUUUUUGGCUUUAUAUCUGUAAGCUUGUCCUUAUGUUUUUCUCCAGCACCCAGUGAGUCUGUGAUCUACAUAAUAACCUCUUUUUUCCCCCUAAAACCUUUUAAUCUUCCCUUCUCCAUGUCUUAUCAGCCAUUUUCCUCCUGUGGGUUGCAGCUAAGCAUCCUGGUGGAGGUAGAGUCUGCUUAUUACUCUCCUUUGUCAUUCUUUGAGGCUGAGUUCCAUCUCUAUUCUCCCAACUUGGUGGAAUCCAACCGCGUAUGAAUAGAUCUUCUAGAAUGAGCUGAGUGUUCUAAGAGCCGUCCGUGGUCAGUUCAUGUGACUGGUCGCCUCAUAGUGCUGCUCCUGCUGCAGUUAAGUUUGACGCUUGUGACCCUUCAGACUCUGCACCUCUGUCACUUUAGGACCAACCUUUAUAACCAGAUCAUUUCCUCUAGAGCUUCCCCGUGCAGCCCAGCUUACUUUCCUCCCUUGUCAUCUGGCCACCCAUAUAUAUGUGCCGUGGAGCACAUAGGGCAGUCUGAGCUAGUCACGUUGUUUUUCUCCUUUAAUCUGUAAGUGUGGUGAGAUACCUUGAUGGUUUCUCACAUUAAGACAUCUUUGCAUUCCUGGAAUAAAAGUCACGAUGUAUUUUUGAAUAUA